GAGCCUGUGUACAUGCAGGUAAACCAUGUGUUAUUUUUAACUUUUUAACAUGUACCGUAUUUUCUCUAAUAGUACUGCACCCACUAGUUCACUUUUAAAGGCCAUACCUUGGUUCAGUUGAAACAAUAGUGAGUAGUGUUAGAGUGGCUUUUUUACCAUACCUAGGAUUUUUUACCGCAGACAGUCACGAAUAGUGUGUGAAUCGAGAGAUUCAGAGAAAGACGAGAGAGUGAGAGAUUUGGUUAUAGUAAGACAUUGACGAUUUUUAAAUAGUGUGCGAUUUCGAGAGAUUUAGAGAAAGAGACUAGUAAGACAUUUUUGAUGUUCUUGGUUCAGUCAACCAGGGGACGGAUUAUUAACCAGGAUGCUUUGCUUUUCGAUUUUUGAAAAACAAUAAACUGUAUUCCAUUUUUCCAACCAGUUUUUACCUAACGGAUGAAUACGAUUUACAAGAACAGAUGUUUACAAUACAAAAAUUUAAACGUACACAACAGGGGGUACCGGUGUUACUAAAAGACAGCUGCCUAUAAACCCAAACAAAGUAACUUCCGAUUUUACCUAAAAUCAAUUCAAUCCUCUUUCAUCGACUGUUCCAAUCUUUUUUAAUCAUCCAAUAAUGAACGCUGUGAACGUAUAGUUCAGUUCUAUUGUCUCUAUUAUUACUAUCGCAUUUCCCAUCUGUCUUUGUGUAAUAGAGGUCACUCAUCUGGCCUGCCCUCUUAGUGUUCUACCCCUUCAAUAUAUUCAUUCUAUACAUCAGCUGGCGAGUGAGAGGUGACCCAUCUCCUCUCUCUCCAUCCGGCCUAUUUAAUCAAUAAAUACAUGUAUUCAAACACUAGUUUAACAAUCAUAAACAGAUAAUGAGGUACCAUUAUCUUCCGUUUAUAACGCUAAUUUUGGAUACGAUUUUUUAUCCGAGGAAGACGAGAAAUUUUUUUCGUUCGAGAAUUACCACAAUCUACCUGAGAAGGCACAAAUAUUUAUCUCUGCUUUGGAGGAACGCGAAGAGAAGAACAAGAAGUUCACAUAUGCGGCUCUAUGUGAGUAUUUUUUGUGGGGGCUUUCAGGGGUUUUCAAUUUUGGAAACUGUUUAGCACCCCUAGUAGCCCUACUCGUAAGACUCACUCUUGCGGAUUUAUUCCCUCACACUGGUUCGAUCGAACAAGACUUCAUCCUCCUCCUAACCGAUCAGAAAAACAGAUAUGAUAAAAAAUGUUGGCUUGCUCGUCGCUGCCUCGAUUUCGACGAAUGUGUUCAGUAUGGUCAGCUCAUCUACUUUGGGAUCUACUCUUUAGAAAAUAACCACAAAACCGCCCUCGUCACAAUUUUCGAUCCCGAAUGCUGAAAAAUUGCCAUUGUGAGAAUACAUAAAAUGAAGAGCGCAUCUGUCAAAAAACUAAAAAACUUUCUGAGAAAAUUAUCAUAUCAGAGAGACAUGGUCUCCUAUGGUAAAGAAGAUUUUUUGGCGGACAUCGAGCACAAAGACAUGCAAUCAAAAUUCGUUCGCACGAACGGAACGAGAAGUCUCCUCAGUCUAAAAGCUGAAGCAACGUAUUGGACAGGAUUGGACCUCCACAAGGGCGAGACUAUGUCCGAUUGGACGAACACUCAUCUACGUGGAGACCAACUGAGAUAUGCUAUCAUGGACACAAUCGUUAUGCAUCUCAUUAUAAAGCAGAGGCUAAGAAAUAUUCAUAAGAACGAUCCACGACUGUUCCAGUACGUAUUCGAGAAUGGUCAUCCUCUACCCUACAACCGAUGAAAUCAAAAACCAAAAUAAUCAAAUUUCAAAUCUGGUUUCAAAUCUCAUCUCUCUUAUAUUUAUCAACUAUACCGACAGAUCCUCUCUCAUCAAAAUUCAAAUCUCAUCUCUCUUAUAUUUAUCAACUAUACCGACAGAUCCUCUCUCAUCAAAAUUCAAAUCUCAUCUCUCUUAUAUUUAUCAAUUAUAUCGACAGAUCAUUUUUUAAUUAAGUUUAUUCGAAUAAAUAUCAUCAUCAAUAA